UACACGGAGUGACAACCUGGCCAAUGAGCUGUCUGUCUGGCUGCACGAAGGGGUGAGCGUCUGCCGAGGCCCAAUCAGCGGCUCAGUGCUGCCUGCCGGUGCCGGAGACUGGUGGUGAGGAGCCGCUGCAGCGCGUCAGGACCGGACCGUGAACCCGGAGACGGUACACACUGAGGCGAAAAGGAGACACAGGAUGGAGCGGAUGUCUGAGGAGGCACUGAGGCUCAACCUGCUGAAGCGAGGCUUGGAGUCCCCCAGCGAGCGAGAGGAAGCCCUGGCCAAACGCCUCAAAAUGGAGGGCCACGAGGCCAUGGAACGCCUCAAGAUGCUGGCUCUACUCAAACGCAAGGACCUCGCUGACCUGGCAGCCCUGGAAGUCGGGGGCCCCCUGGGAGACGGGAAGGGGCCCGGAGCAAGCAGCCUCCACCACCAGAGCCUCAUGGGGGCCACAUACGAUGAGAAGAUGAACGGGAGUCUGAGGCUGGCAGGCCACGGCAGCCAUAUCGGAGCCAGUAAGAACGGGAAGGAGAACAUGAUGGAUGAGCCGGUGGACAUGAGCGCCGGGAGGAGAUGCGAGGCUGACCAUGACCGACGGACUCCGUCUCCAGACGUCAUCAUCCUGUCAGACAACGAGGCGUCGAGUCCCAGAACUACACCGCGUCCUGAGGAGCGCCUGCACCAAGCCAACCUGGACCUGUUCAAGGGGAAGACGGGAGAAGAGAGGCAGCAGAUGAUCAAGGCUCUGAGGGAGGAGCUGCGUCUGGAGGAGGCGCGCCUGGUGCUGCUCAAGAAGCUCCGGCAGAGUCAGAUGCAGAAGGAGAAUGUGGUGCAGAAGGUCCCGGUGGUGCAGAACGCUGCCUCCUCUGUGCAGGCCCCCCCCAUGCACAGCUCUCAGGGCCUGGGGAAGCUGCCUGUGAGGCCGGGCAUGCACAACCCGGAGCCCCAGAACCUCCGCACUGCACAGGGUCACACAGUCAUCAGGUCAGCAGCCAAUGCUAACCUGCCCCCCAUGCUGAUGUCUCAGCGAGUGAUAGCCCCCAACCCCUCCCAGCUGCAGGGCCAGAGACUGUCCUCUAAGCCCGGGAUGUCCCGCUCUAGCUCCAGCAUGGCCAACGCCGUCAGCUACCAGCAGCAUCAGAGAAUGUGUGUCUCCCUGCAGGCCAGCCAGCAGGUGGCAGCUUCCCAGCGCUCAGGGUCCAGCGCCAUGUACAUGAACCUGGCCCACAUGCAGGCGGCAGCAGCAGCCGGCGGGGGCAUGGGCGGAGCCUCGGCCGUCAGCCCGUCCACCAUGUCCAGCUCGGCGGGUGGGGUGAGCUCCAUCGCCGACCAGGCCAGCAGCCAGGCGGCCGCCAAACUGGCCCUGAGGAAGCAGCUGGAGAAGACCCUGCUGGAGAUCCCCCCUCCCAAACCCCCUGCCCCGCUGCUCCACUUCCUGCCCUCUGCCGCCAACAGCGAGUUUAUCUACAUGGUGGGGCUGGAGGAGGUGGUGCAGAGUGUGCUCGACAGUCAGGGUAAACUCAGAGGGACUUUGGGCCGGAUGGAGCCGUUCUUCUGCGCCCAGUGCAGAACCGACUUCACCCCGCACUGGAAGCAGGAGAAGAGCGGGCGGAUCCUGUGUGAGCAGUGCAUGACCUCCAACCAGAAGAAGGCUCUGAAGGCAGAGCACACCAACCGGCUGAAGAAUGCCUUUGUGAAGGCCCUGCAGCAGGAGCAGGAGAUCGAGCAGAGGCUGCAGCAGCAGGCAGCCCUGUCCCCCAGCUCGGCCCCUACUGGCCCCAACGCCUCCAAGACUGACUCCAUGAUCCGACACCAUGCACUCCGCCAGGCCCCCCAGCCUCAGGCCUCCAUGCAGAGAGGUCUGUCUAACUCGGCGCGGGGUGUCCUGUCUAACUUCGCCCAGGCCUCCCAGCUGUCUGUGGCCAGUAGCCUCAUGGGGAUGACCAGCGGCAAGCACUGUGGCAGCGGGGGGGGCGGCGGCAACAGAAUGCAGCACGACAGCCGCCGGCAGAUCUACAACAUCCCAGGGUUAAAUAUCGCCUAUCUGAACCCGGCGGCGGUUGGGGCCCAUAAGAGCUCCAGCUUAGCGGACCGGCAGAGAGAGUACCUGUUGGACAUGAUCCCGCCUCGAUCCAUAUCGCAGUCCAUCAGCGGACAGAAAUGAGCCCCUCUGAAGCCCCUCCUACCCCAUACUGAAGCACUCCCAGAUCGACCAACACCCCUUUCCCCCCCACCCCCCCAUCGCAUGCAGUGCCUGUCCGUGUGCCUACCCAUGAAACCCACGAGUCGGACAAAGACACUAAACUGUCGGUGCAUCUCAGAUGUUCUUCUUAUAGCUCUUCUUCUUCGUCAGCGUUGUUUAACAAUUAUAAUUCCCAUUAUUAUCGCUGUUGGUAGCACUAUUAUUAUACCUGCAACUACCACGUUUGCUUCAGUUUACUCAUUAUGCUUUUUCUUUUAUACGUGUUCGCUUGUUUUUGUUUCCCUCUUUACUUUGGGCAGUGGAUCACCGUAGGGCUCCGUCAGGCCAGGUCACGAUUCUUUUCCCCUCUCAAUUAUAAAGCGUAGACCUGAGCGUUGCUAGUAACAGAAGAUCAACAGAGUGCAUUCUGGUUGCUAUGCAACAUAAAGUGGAACAGCUUUGUAAAAAGUGUUAGCUCGCUAACUUUGAGUAACAAAGUGGAAAAUACUGAUAGGAAUAAACAGACGGGGGCAGAGCACCCUCACCAUCACCUGGUUAAUGGGCCAGUUUCAGGAUCCGUUACCACGGACUUGCAGCUGAAGCUGGAUUCGCUCCACCGGAAUCUGGAGACCCCUGGAGGUGCCGGUGAAGAGAAGAUCAGAGUUUGGAAAGCUUUUCCCCUGGCGGUCGACUCCCAGCAUUCCCCAUCAGAGGGUCAUCAGGGGUCUCUUCCUGUCAGCCCCCCCCCCCCCCCCCCCGCUGCAGAUGGAUGUAUCCUGAGCCCUGACAGACUGCAGCUCAUCCUGGAGGAUCAUCUGAAGCUCCCCCAGUGUUCACAGGGAGGAUGGUGUCCACUCGGAGAAAGGCAUUCCAUCUCACUUCCUGCCCCCCCCCCCCCCCCUUUGGUUAUCCAGUAUGCACAGACUGAACCCUUUUUACCCCUAAGCUCCUUUUUGACAUCGUAUGUUCUUUAAAUGAACUCAAGUCUGGAGGUGGAGGCACAUUUUCUGCAUCCCAACCACAGAUUCUCUACCUGGAAACCUACCGUCCGGGUCCUUUUCUUCUUCUUUUUUAGUUUUCUGAUUGUUGGCCCCUCCACCCAACUCUCCUUCUUUCUUUUUUUUUUUGCUUAGUUUUAUUUGUUAGUUUGUUUGUUUGUUUGUUUUGCGGCGUCUCUUUAUGAAGUGGUGGCGUACCUGAGAGGUGUUAGCCACCAGAGACGAUAAUAAUCAUCAAAGCUAAAAACAGAAACUAUUGUAUGGAUAAUGUAUAGAUACCUAGCUUCAGAGGGAGAAAAUAAAUGAUGUGGAUUAUAUCUUUUAUGGGAGAGACAUGAUCAAUCAUUGUGUGCAUGCUCUGCACACGAGUCGCCUCACUCCAGAGGAGCACUUUGCAUAUUUCCAAUUGGAAAAACAUUUUUUUUAAAGGAGGUAAAGAAUGUUACAAUUGAGAGUGGCUAGAGUCUGGAUGCUGGCUGAUGGCCGACCAGAGGUGUGUAAGGAUUGUGGAUUGCAUCACGGUGUGUUUUAUGGGAUGAUGAAUGAUCCUUCGCCGGUGUUGAUCUCUGUUAAUGUUGAACCUCAAGUGUCAGUUCCCAAAUCCUGAAAAAAAAUCCACUUUAAGUAAAUGUAUCAUCCUUUUUAAAGUAGUGUGUUUAAUCAGUGGGAAACAACCAGAUGCAAAAACACCCCCUUUACCGUGUAGAUAACCCUCCUCAGAUCCUGGCUGCUCACAUGGUCACAGCAUGGACGCUCUUCCCUGGUCUUAAAAAAUAAAAUCGCUUCUGAUUUGCACAUUUUCUUCAUGAACUGGUUAACCUGUUCUGUAAAUGUUUAAUUAAGAUGCAGUUCCCUAAACACUCCUCUAAAAAGGCAUGGGUUAUUUCAGGAGAAAGGGCUUUAGAUCUCUCCUCCAUUGAAUAAACGAACACUACCUACUAAAGUGUUGAAAGGACAAUUCAAGGUUCUGAAACAUUUCAAUCAAAUAAUUGUUCAUCUGCUAAAUCUAUAAAUAUAAUGAAUGAUUGGAUUAACUGCCAGACAAAGACUGUUUCACUGACUUCUUUUUCUCCUAUGGAACGUCCAAUGUACAUGGGGCAGGUUCACACUGACAUGAGGGCGACACUGCAGAAGUAACGCUGGCCGACACGUGCUCUGGCAGCCAUGUUGGAUUCAUCCGCUCUAAAUGUUUUUCUCUCAGUCUCUGUGCAGUACGUGUGUGUGAAUGGAACAAUCAGCAGUUACUUGGUGUUUGAUGGAUGUCUAACCAUGUUUGGUUACAUUACACUCAGUUAGUUCAUUCUGGACUCUUUUCACUUUGUGUCCUCAACAUCCUGCAGCCUGGAGACAGUCUCCUCAGCCCCAGCUGUUUGCGGUGUGCGGUGUUAAAAAGCUAAUGUUAGCAUGCUCACAUGCUAAACUCAGAUUGAAACAUGGUUAGCAAUAGCGGCUACCUACCUUCUCGUUGUUAGCGUGUAAGAAAGCUGACAUUAGCAUUUGGCUCAAUGCACUGCUGUGCCAAGUAAAGCUAAACAGCUAGUCUCUUAUUGUGUUAAAUGACAAGCAAUGCAAAAACUGAAGCUAAAAACGCAGGAGAAGUCCAAGUGGCAGGUUAAAACCUUCUUCUAAAAGUAUCCGAUAUUUAAAACUUCUUGAAAAUAAACUAUAGUACUUCACAGGGAAGAGCUAGCUUAUAAUUCACAAUGGUGAAUGCUAGCGGUGUUAGAUUCACGCUCCAGUUAGCCAAGCUAGCUAACACAGCCUCUCCUCUUUUCGUUGCUCAGUGUUAUUUUACAGUUGUGUCUGUCCAUGUUCUAAAAUUCAGUUUGUAUCAUAUCUUCAGGUUAGAAGUACAAUUUAAACGCUCAAGAUUUUAACAGGGACAUGUUCCUUUUAACAAUAUUAGCCAAAUUAGCUGAUGUGUUGUUGCUAACGCAGAAGCAGCAUAUUAUGUAUUUUGAGGCUUUUUUCAGAGAUUUUUAAAAGAUGGUCAAACUAAAUGUCUGGCUGGCUUCUAAAGGCUUCCCUUAGUUCCCAGCUCUUCCCGAGCCGAGGCUGUGCCACAGUAAUACACAGCAUACAGUCUCUGUGUAGCCAUGAUGAUGUGUAAUAACUAGCCGUCAGUUCUCUAAUGGAGGGAGCUCCACCUCCCCUGUUAUUCUCUCUGUGUGUGUGUGUGUGUGUGUGUGUGUGUGUGUGUGUGUGUGUGUGUGUGUGUGUGUGUGUGUGUGUGUGUGUGUGUGUGUGUGUGUGUGUGUGUGUGUGUGUCUGGUUCAUCAGAGCAUCCCAUGAUAAACAGCCAGUGAAAUGGAAGACUUGAAAGUUUAACUAUCUAGGGUGUAAACUAAGUGUACACUUGGAAAACAUAAUUUGUGCUAAUUCUAAUAAAGAAACCAAUCAAUUCUCCUUUUGCUGGAACAGUAGACCUUGGAUGUAGAGAUAUAUUUUCUUGAGUUUUAAAUGUCUGGGAUACAUUUUUUACUGCCACACAAUUUGAUUUUAGCAAUGUUUUUUUCCAUGCGUCUCCUUUUGCUGCCACGCUUGAGAAAAAGCGCUCCUGUCUCUCACUCUGUUGCAGAUGCGUCCACACUCUUUGUAUCUGGAUUUCAGAUUCUUUCUUGAAAUCUAAAUUUGAAGUCAUUCUUUUUCUGACGUCUCAAUUCAGUUUUUCUUUCUAUUGCAGUUUAAAAAAUAAACAAAUGUAUUGACUAUGAAAUAAAUGACACGAUAUUUGCUAGGUUUGAAGUAAUAAUGACUUAUUGUACAUAAGCAUUUUCUCCUCCCUUGUUCUGAAAAAAGAAAUUAAAUGGUUGUAUAUUGUGUAGAAAAGCAAACAAAAAGCCAUGAAUAUUGUGAAGCUUGUCAUUUCGUUUUGUGAUCACUGUGUAUUAUUGUGUAACAAAUGUGCAAAAUGUUUGGGAUUCUUUCCCCUCCGCUUCUUGGAGCUCUCCCUGGAUGCAUUCACCUCGGCGGGGGCUAGUUAGUGUUAGCAGGAAGGCGCACUGGUUCAGACCGAGCGGCUCAAAUCACAUCUGGUCAAUUCUCUCGGAGCAUUGAAACUCAAAAUAACUUUACAGAACAGUUUCCUGCUCACCAGAAGAUCCACAUUGUGUUGGAUUACAUGUAACCCUCCUGACUUUAGCGUCACAUUAAAGUUCAUCUGCUGACCCCUUUGAGGUGUCCACAUGAUCAUUUUCUAUGAAGUGGACUGGUUAGAAUCACAGCGUGGAAAGGUGAUGUUUAAAAAGUCCUUUUUCCAGGAUUCAGUUAGUCUCAGACACUUUUUCUGUCAUGGGGACAUUUGUUCUAAAGGUGUUGGUGUUUAAACGAAGUUCUUUAAAUGUUGUGAGCAGAUCACCUUAAAAGCUGAACAAAAAAUAUCAUAAAAGGUUUAGUUAGAACAUCACACCAGCUCCAUCAUGUGCAAAAACACAUACAUAAAUGCACAUGUCAGUGACCUGAUAAUGUACAAAGAAAGCGUGUUCCUACUUUUCAUCAGGGUUUGCAUGCUAUCAGUGCCCGAGGGGAUCAAAUGAAUUUGAUACAGAGAUUUGUCGCUAAGUAUUCCAUGCAGCAAAGCACUAGGGACAGCUGCUUCUGAACCAGUGAUCACUUCCUGCCGACUUCAGCGUACAUCCACGUGCGCUCCUCUGCUGCCGGGCUUUUUUCUUCUAUUAGUUGUUGUUGCUAAUGCAGGGAAACAUUUAAUUUCUCAAUCAGUUUUAUCAAUUUUCAGUUGACUUUUUGUAUAAUGUGGGAUCUGCAGAAACAGAUGAUGAAACCAACCGGAAACUAAUUGAAGUCCUUUUUUCGUUUUGCUUACAUCAAUCCUGACCUUUUGCACAUACUUGAUAUUUAACGGUCUUCAAAAAAGUAAAAGAAAAUAAUGCUGUUUGAAUACUGCCAGUUGAUUGACAAUUAUGCAUUGAUUGAAAAAAUAAGCUAAUUUUGGAGGAAAUAACUUUGUAAUAUUUAUCUCUUGCAAGCUAUGUUUAAUAAAGGUUGAAACAA